AUGUCCGACAACGAUGUCGUUUCGGGGACUUUCCGAGCGCUGGUGGAGAGCGCGGACCGGAAGUUCGCUAGGGUUCGCGACGUGCCAGCGUACGGACGUGUCCACAACCAGCACUACUUCCACAAGGUCUUCAAGGCCUACAUGCGCCUCUGGAAGUACCAGCAGGAGAAACGGUCCAAGCUCAUCGAGGCCGGUCUGAACCGCUGGGAAAUCGGCGAGAUCGCGAGCCGGAUCGGCCAGCUCUACUUCGGCCAGUACAUGAGGACCAGCGAGGCCAGGUUCCUCGUCGAGGCCUACGUCUUCUACGAGGCCAUUCUUAGCCGGAGCUACUUUGAGGGGUCCAAUUCCAGUUCCAAAGCUUUCGGGAAGAAGGAUCUCGGCGUUCGGUUCAAGGAGUUGAGGUUCUACGCCCGGUUUUUGCUCGUUUCGUUGAUUUUGAACCGGACCGAGAUGGUUCAACUUCUCGCUGAGCGGUUCAAGGCUCUUGUUGAUGACUGCAAAGCCAAUUAUCGGGAUGAUAAGCCUGUCUUUACUCUAAUCGGGGAGAAAGAUGGAAGUGAAGCUAAUCAAGGACAAUCCAAGAAUGAAGUCAAUGGAUGUGUACUUAGUAUCGUGGAAACUAAUUUUAAAGAAUGGAGGCUAGUGGUGCAAGAAAUUGUUCGAUUUAUGAAAGUUGAUACGGCCUUUAUGAAUGUCAGGCCAUUGCGAUACUCCGCCUUGUUUGAUUCACAUCCGUCAUCUCUUCCAUAUGUGGCUCGUUUCCAUGCGAAGAGGGUUUUAAAAUUUCAAGAUGCAUUGCUGACAAGCUAUCACCGUAAUGAGGUCAAAUUUGCUGAACUUACAUUGGACACUUACCGAAUGCUGCAAUGUUUGGAAUGGGAGCCAAGCGGGUCUUUCUACCAAAAGCGUGCAGUGGAAUCCAAAGGGAAUGGCACUUUUAUUGAUCACUCCGGGGCUUCUGCCGCAUCUGGAGUAAUCGAUAUGAACUUGGCUGCGGACAUGACUGAUCCAACUUUACCUCCAAAUCCAAGGAAAGCGGUUAUUUACCGUCCAUCUGUGACACAUUUGAUUGCGGUGAUGGCUACAAUAUGCGAGGAGCUCCCUCUCGACAGUAUUAUGCUAGUGUAUCUGUCAGCCUCAGGGAAGGCUAGUCGUAAUAAUGUUACUCAGGCAUACAACUCUGGAGGAUCACAUAAAUCCUCAAAAAAUAAAGUUCCUCUCCCAGCUCAGAAUAAUUCUAUGCCUGAAUCUUGUAUAAACAACAAGGGAGAGUCAAGUGGCUAUUAUGACCAAUAUUUGUGGUUUGGCCCUAGAGGAAAUGGUGGUUUGAGUAACCUCUACCCUGGCGACAUAAUUCCUUUCACUCGGAGACCUCUUUUCUUGAUAAUAGAUAGUGACAACAGCCAUGCAUUCAAGGCAGUGCCGUUUCUACACUAUAUGUUUGAUCCCGGAGUUGCACUUCUCCAGAUGCAACUUUUUUCAUGGUGCUUGGCCAUUUUGAUGGAAUCGGAGAAGCUUUCUACAACUCAUGGUGUUUUACAUGGUGCGGAAAGAGGAGAGACAGCUGCUCUGUUUCUUUCACCUUUGAGACCAGCAUUCAAGAACCCAGCUGAUGCUGAUUUAAUGCAAAAUGGAAGUCAGUUUACCUUUUUCUUGACUGCUCCUCUGUCAGCAUUCUGCCACUUAGUUGGCUUCUCCUCUUCUGAUACUGAAGCAGAGGUUUAUAACAAUGCUGAAAGCAUCCUCUCUGCUACCUUCUCGGAGUGGGAAGUUAUCCUUUGUACAUCAACAAGCCUGGAUCUGGUAUGGGCACAAGUUAUAUCUGAUCCAUUUCUGCGGCGGCUUAUUCUGAGGUACUCCUCUUUCCACCUUGCAAGGGACUACAAAGCAACGGAUUCAGCUGUGCUUUCAUUCUUCUGUCCUCCAGAAGAUAGCGAGCAGUAUUUGCCGAUUUGCCUACCUCUUCUUCCCAUUUCUGUUUCUCCAGAUUCUGAAGUUGUGCAGUCUGCCGUCCACCGGCUUGCAAAGCACCUCAGCGUCUCUGACUUUUUUCACUUUGUUGACACAUGA